AUGGAACCAGCCAAGAACCCUGAAGUAAAGGCCACUGAGGAGGUCACCAAGGCUCCUGAACACAGCUGCCAGUGCGACGAAAAUACUAAAAAGCAGCCAGAGCACCAUCACCAUCACCACAAUAUUCUCAGCGAGGUCUUGCACCAUCUUGCUCCUGAGGUUGAGACGGAGAAUAUUUCCAAGGGUGACAAGUAUGCUACACCUAACCACGAUACUGUCUAUCUCUCUCAGCACCACUAG